AUGUUAAGAAUACUAUCGCGUUUUAAUGGAUGCUGGCGAUGCGAGUUAAAUAACUUAAGAAAAGACAUCGGGAAGAAAUAUGAAGAAGCCCAAAAUUAUAAAAAAUGGAUGUUUGAUUUAUGUCAAAACUACCGUAAAGAACUUUUUUCAAGAUUCCACGUUGAAAUUAACGAGAAGAUUAUGAAUACAAAAGAUUUGAGAAUGAAGUUAAUCUUACAGGAUAGAUAUGAACAAUAUAAAUCAAGAAUUUUACAAAUCGCCCAAAGAAUUAAUAGGAAUCUCGUUCCAUCAAAGAACAAAUCUGCGGAUGACAUAACUCAAAAAGAAAAAACAAUUGUUCAACGUCUAAAGCUAUUUACAUAUGGUUCAAAAAAAAAAACACCGCAUCAAGUUCUAAGCAUUCGGGACAGACCAAGAAAACAAAUGGGAUAA